UAAGGCCGCCUGCGGCGGCGCAGGCGUUGGUGUUCGGUAGUGUCCGGUCUAUGGAGUCAGUUGGUUUUGGCGGCGGAGCGGAGGUAGCAAGCGGUGUUCGAGUGGGGGCCUUUGCCCCGCCAGGAUGUUACCGGGCUUGGCCGCCGCCGCCGCGGCCCACAGAUGUAGCUGGUCUUCCCUUUGCCGGCUCCGUCUGCGCUGCAGGGCGGCAGCCUGCGGCUCCAGCGACCUCCAGGAAUGGCAGAAUUUAGUGACAUUUGGGAGGUUUUCAAAUAUUGUUCCCUGUUGCACACUGAAUCAAGUAAAGUCGUAUUCCACAAAUGUUCGGAAAGAAGGACAGGGAUCACAAACUCACAAAAUGGAAAAAGUACCAUCAUUUGAUGAAGCAGCAGAGAAUAUUGGUACAGAACUGAAAGCUCCACUUAUUAAGCAAGAACCUCUCCAAGUAAGAGUCAAAGCAGUCCUUAAAAAGAGGGAAUAUGGACCAAAGUACACUCAGAAUAAUUUCAUCACUGGAGUCAGAGCAAUGAAUGAGUUCUGCCUCAAAUCCAGUGAUCUAGAACAACUUCGAAAAAUCAGACGACGAAGUCCUCAUGAAGAUACCGAGUCCUUUACUGUAUACUUGAGAUCAGAUGUGGAGGCAAAGUGGUCGUGUGUACAUAGAUCUUUGGAAGUUUGGGGAAGCCCUGAAGCUCUUGCCAGAGAGAAAAAACUUCGUAAGGAAGCAGAAAUAGAAUAUAGAGAAAGGCUAUUUAGAAACCAAAAAGUAUUGAGAGAAUAUAGAGAGUUUCUGGGAAAUACCAAGCCACGCUCUAGAACAACAUCAGUUUUUUUUAAGGGGCCAGGAAAGGUGGUGAUGGUUGCCAUUUGCAUCAAUGGAUUAAACUGUUUCUUCAAAUUUCUUGCCUGGAUUUAUACGGGUUCAGCAAGUAUGUUCUCAGAAGCUAUACACUCUUUAUCUGAUACUUGUAAUCAGGCCUUACUAGCAUUGGGCAUCAGUAAGUCUGUUCAAACACCAGAUCCUACUCAUCCGUAUGGAUUUUCAAAUAUGCGCUAUAUUGCUUCACUAAUUAGUGGUGUUGGUAUUUUCAUGAUGGGUGCAGGAUUAUCUUGGUACCAUGGAGUCAUGGGAUUGCUUAAUCCUCAACCAAUAGAAUCUCUUCUAUGGGCAUAUUGUAUUUUAGCAGGAUCAUUAGUAUCUGAAGGAGCAACACUUCUUGUUGCUGUAAAUGAGCUUCGUAGGAGUGCUCGGGCCAAAGGAAUGUCACUUUACAAGUAUGUAAUGGAAAGUCGUGAUCCUAGUACAAAUGUUAUAUUAUUGGAGGAUACUGCAGCAGUGUUGGGAGUGACAAUAGCAGCCACUUGUAUGGGCCUUACUUCUAUAACAGGCAAUCCACUGUAUGACAGCCUAGGUUCUUUGGGUGUGGGCACCUUAUUAGGUGUGGUCUCAGCAUUCCUCAUCUACACUAACACAGAAGCACUCUUAGGGCGAUCCAUCCAGCCAGAACAAGUACAACGGCUUACUGAACUCCUGGAGAACGACCCAUCAGUAAGGGCAAUUCAUGACGUUAAAGCCACAGAUCUAGGAUUAGGGAAAGUAAGAUUUAAGGCAGAAGUAGAUUUCGAUGGACGAGUUGUUACGAGAUCGUAUUUGGAAAAACAAGAUUUUGACCAAAUGCUACAAGAAAUUCAAGAAGUGAAGACUCCUGAAGAACUAGAGACCUUUAUGCUUAAACAUGGAGAAAAUAUUAUUGAUACUUUAGGAGCUGAAGUAGAUAGGCUUGAGAAGGAACUGAAAAAACGAAAUCCUGAAGUUCGACAUGUAGAUCUGGAGAUAUUAUAGACUUGAUGGAAUGAAUCACCUUGGAGGGAGUCUUGGAAACAAGUUUGCCAAGACUGCUUUCCCACACUGAAGGAGUCAAUGCCAUUCAGAAGCCGUUUUUUUUUUUUUUUAAGAUGGAGGAAAUAUUUAUGUAAAGAGCAAUUCAACAGUCCACAGAACUAAAACAACUUCUUCUAAGAGACAUAUUACAAGUUGAAUCAAUUUGAAAAUCAUGUUUUUAUGUUUCAGCAGGAAACAUUUUGGUUACUUAAAUUGUUCAUAAUUUCUUAUUUUAGCCUGUCAUUGUGUAUUGUACCUUAUAAUCAUGUUUCCUUUCUUCACAUUGGUAAAAAAUAAGCAGCAUCUGUAAGAUUAUGAUUUUUAAUUUUAUUGCCAGUGAAGAUUUCACUCCGUCAAAACCUGUCAAUCUUGAACAUUCUGGCUAAAUCUUGGUUUGCGGUUUUUAAAACAGUCACUCCAUUUCAAAGUCUGUCUUUCCUUAUAGAAUGUAGACAUUAUUUUAACGUACCUUGUGUUUUUUGCCCUGAGCACGAAGAGGAACACUUUCCAAACCUAGUUAUCCAUAAACGUUCAUUCCAGAAAGGGCUUUGUUACUGAAUGGAAGGAAGAGAUUUCAGUACACUCUUUUUAGGUCAUGCUACUUGCCAUUUUGUAAAAUUUCUUUUCUCUUCUUUGCUUUUUUUUUCCUUAUUUAGUUUAAGUUUCCUAGUGAUAGGAAAUAUAAAAUAGCCCUAGAUAUUUCCAUGGGCCAGUGUGAUGACUGGUUUUUUGUUUUUUAACUGGCUUCAGUCCCAUAAUGUGUAUUUACUAGGAGAUAAUGCAUUUAUAAGCAUUUUAACAUGUAAAGUGGACUAGAAAUAUUUAUAAUUUCACAGAAAAGACAGCAUUUUAUUUUUAAUUUAUUUUAAAAGAGGCACUACUUGUGUAAAUCUGAACUGUGGGAUAGUUCUUUCUUUGAGAGAUAGAGAAGUAAACCUCUUAUGCAGAAACUUGUGGCCAUGACUUUUGUAUAAUAUCAUAAGACAGUAGUGUGUCUGUAACAUGAGUUUCUUGCAGUUACAAAUGGGCAUUUAGCAUACUGUAUGAUUAUAAUAUUAUGUGAUAAGUAGCUUUCUAAUGAUCAUAAGGUAUCAAGAUGAAAAAACAUGCAAUUCAGUAAUUGAAAAUUUAGUGCAAAACUACAGCUGUGUCUCCAUUCAUCAAAAGAAUUCAUAUGCACUGUAAAUUGUUCAGGUACCAGUGAGCAUUGUCCAUGCAAGAGUGGUAGCUGGGUGAAUAAUCUCUUUGCUAGGUAAGUGAGUGCUUAAGAACCUAGGUCAGUGUCUAAAAACUUACUUAGAUUGAAGUUUAUGAGUUAUAGCAAGUUACAAUGCUGGAAACAAAAAAUAAACAUUUGAUUAAA